AUGGCAAGAGUUAGUGUUUUCAUUUCACUGCUUUUGCUUUCUCUGUUCGCCAUAACUACUUUAGCUAAGGAUGACAUGAACACCAUAAAUGAUGCGAGUUUCAAUCAAACUCGCCAUGUUUGUCAUCCAUCUAGGUUUGAACAGCUAGGGUUAAACAUGAAAGAUUUUGCGUUCUGUGAUUCGUCACUAUCUUUUUCCGUUAGGGUGAAAGAUUUGGUAGACAGAAUGACACUGUUGGAGAAAGCUCAACAGCUUGGGGACAAUGCCUACGGCGUUGCUAGGAUCGGAUUGCCUAGUUACGAGUGGUGGUCUGAGGCGUUGCACGGUGUUUCUUUCAUCGGAAACAACGACAGAAAAGGUUCUUACUUUGACGAGGUUGUUCCUGGCGCCACUAGCUUCCCCAUGGUCAUCACUACGGCCGCAACUUUCAAUCAGUCCUUGUGGAAAACUAUUGGCCAGGUUGUUUCGACAGAAGCAAGAGCCAUGCACAACCUAGGAAAUGCUGGGCUGACGUUUUGGAGUCCAAAUAUUAACGUGGUAAGGGAUCCACGAUGGGGAAGAAUCUUAGAGACACCAGGCGAAGAUCCAUUUGUGGUGGGCACAUAUUCUGUUAACUUUGUUAGGGGACUUCAAGAUAUUGAAGGGACCGAAAACGUUACAGAUUUGAGCUCGAGACCUCUUAAGGUUGCUGCGUGUUGCAAGCAUUAUGCAGCUUAUGAUUUGGAUCCUUGGCAAGGGAUAGACCGUCUACAUUUCGAUGCAAGGGUGACUGAGCAAGAUAUGAUGGAGACAUUUCUUAAGCCAUUUGAAAUGUGUGUGAAAGAGGGUGAUGCGAGUAGUGUGAUGUGUUCAUUCAACCGGAUUAACGGCAUCCCAACAUGCACUGAUACUAAGCUUCUUAAAGACACAGUACGAGGAGACUGGAAUCUUCAUGGAUACAUAGUUUCAGACUGUGAUUCUAUUGAAGUAAUUUUGGAUGAUCAAAAGUGGCUAAAUGAUGAACCAGAAGAUGCUGUUUCACAAGCACUUAAAGCAGGUUUGGAUUUGGACUGUGGGAAUUACUACACAAAGUUUGCUGCCAAUGCAGUGGAGAGUGGGAAAGUGAGAGAGUCAGAAAUUGACAAGGCCUUAAAGUACCUGUACACAACCCUGAUGAGAUUAGGGUUCUUUGAUGGAAGCCCCAAGUUUGAUAGUCUUGGACAUGAUGACAUUUGCUCUGAGGAUCACAUUGAGCUGGCAGCCCAAGCAGCAAGACAAGGAAUUGUUCUUCUCAAGAACGAUAACAACACAUUGCCUUUGGACUCUGCCAACGUUAAAACCCUAGCAGUUGUGGGGCCCCAUGCAAAUGCCACUAAAGCCAUGAUUGGCAAUUAUGAAGGAGUUCCAUGUAAGUAUACGACACCAAUUGCAGGGUUCACGGGAUACACCAGAGUUUAUCACGAAAUGGGGUGUGCUAAUGUCCAUUGCAAGAAUGAGAGUUUGAUAUUCCCAGCAGUGAGGGCGGCGAAGAAGGCGGAUGCCACGGUGGUUGUGGUGGGAUUAGAUUUGAGCGUUGAGGCUGAGGAUAGGGAUAGAGUGGAUCUUCUCCUCCCUGGCUACCAAACACAACUAGUUAGCCAAGUGGCUGCUGACUCCAAAGGACCUGUUAUCCUUGUUGUAAUGUCCGGUGGCGGUGUUGACAUCUCUUUUGCUAAAAAGAAUCCCAAGAUUCAGGCAAUCUUAUGGGCAGGUUACCCCGGAGAAGAAGGUGGCCGCGCCAUUGCUGAUAUUGUGUUUGGAAAUUAUAACCCAGGAGGAAAGCUGCCAUUAACAUGGCAUGAAGCAAGCUACACCGAUGCACUUCCCAUGACAUCAAUGCCAUUAAGGGCAGUGGAAACCCUAGGCUAUCCGGGGAGAACAUACAAAUUCUUCAACGGCGCAACCGUGUAUCCAUUCGGCUACGGCCUGAGCUACACCGUCUUCAACUACCACCUAACCGCCCCCCAGAGGAAACUCAACGUAAAGCUCAACAAGUUCCAGCACUGCCGCGACGUCAACUACACCGCCGGCUCGCACUUCUCGCCGUGCCCGGCGGUGCUGAUCGACGACCUGGACUGCAACGAAGCCCACAAGGUGGAGUUCGAGGUGGAGGUAGAGAACGCCGGGGAGAGAGACGGCAGUGAGGUGGUGAUGGUGUACUGGAUCCCGCCGCCGCAAGUGGCGGCGGCGCCUCAGAAACAGGUGAUUGCGUUCGAGAAGGUGUUUGUGGCGGAGGGGAAGAAGGAAAAGGUUAAGUUUGUAGUGGAUGGUUGUAAGAGUUUGGGGUUUGUGGAUUAUAAGGGUUAUAAUCUUUUGACUUCUGGUGCGCAUACAGUGAUGGUUGGCGAUGGGAAACUGUCUUUCAUAGUCAACGUUGAGUUUCAGACAUAG